CUUUGCUGCUCUCUCUCUUUCCUGACGGAGCGGCUGGAUGGAGCCACACUGACCCCACUCUCAGCUCUCACACUGGUACCAGAAACACGCGUGGACUUGGACUAAGGAGGACAACAUGGGGAUUAAAUUUUUGGAGGUUAUUAAGCCUUUCUGUGCAGUUCUGCCAGAAAUUCAGAAACCAGAAAGAAAGAUUCAGUUUAGAGAAAAAGUACUAUGGACCGCUAUCACACUCUUCAUCUUUCUGGUGUGCUGCCAGAUUCCACUCUUUGGCAUCAUGUCUUCAGACUCAGCAGAUCCCUUCUACUGGAUGAGAGUAAUCCUGGCUUCCAACAGAGGUACUUUGAUGGAGCUGGGUAUCUCACCCAUUGUUACCUCUGGUCUCAUCAUGCAGCUGCUGGCUGGUGCCAAGAUCAUUGAGGUUGGCGACACUCCCAAAGACAGAGCCCUCUUCAAUGGAGCUCAGAAAUUGUUUGGAAUGAUCAUCACCAUCGGACAAGCCAUUGUUUACGUCAUGACCGGCAUGUAUGGAGACCCUUCAGAGAUGGGUGCUGGGAUAUGCUUGCUCAUCAUCAUUCAGCUCUUCGUUGCAGGUCUGAUUGUCUUGCUGCUUGACGAGCUACUCCAGAAGGGCUAUGGUCUGGGCUCUGGCAUCUCCCUCUUCAUUGCAACCAACAUCUGUGAGACAAUCGUGUGGAAGGCCUUCAGCCCCACAACCGUCAACACCGGCAGAGGUACUGAGUUUGAAGGAGCCAUCAUUGCACUCUUCCAUCUGCUGGCCACUCGCACAGACAAGGUGCGUGCCCUGAGAGAAGCCUUCUACAGACAAAACCUGCCUAAUCUCAUGAACCUCAUCGCCACCGUCUUUGUAUUUGCAGUGGUCAUAUACUUCCAGGGCUUCAGAGUGGACCUGCCCAUCAAAUCAGCACGCUACCGUGGGCAAUACAACACCUACCCCAUCAAACUCUUCUACACCUCCAACAUCCCCAUUAUCCUGCAGUCUGCCCUAGUCUCUAAUCUCUACGUCAUUUCCCAGAUGCUCUCAACACGUUUCAGUGGCAACUUCCUGGUCAACCUUCUUGGAACCUGGUCUGACACCUUGAGUGGUGGCCCAGCCCGAGCCUAUCCAGUGGGCGGCCUCUGCUACUACCUCUCUCCUCCAGAGUCGUUUGGUUCUGUGUUGGACGACCCUGUUCAUGCCGUCAUCUACAUUGUCUUCAUGCUCGGCUCCUGUGCCUUCUUCUCCAAAACCUGGAUUGAGGUCUCGGGAUCCUCUGCCAAAGAUGUGGCAAAGCAGCUAAAGGAGCAGCAGAUGGUGAUGAGGGGACACAGAGAGACCUCCAUGGUGCACGAGCUCAACAGGUACAUCCCCACAGCUGCUGCCUUUGGUGGUCUGUGUAUAGGAGGGCUGUCUGUCAUGGCUGACUUCCUGGGUGCCAUUGGUUCGGGUACAGGAAUCCUCUUGGCUGUGACUAUUAUCUACCAGUACUUUGAGAUCUUUGUAAAGGAGCAGAGUGAAGUUGGCAGCAUGGGUGCACUGCUCUUCUAAACAAACAACAAAAAGAAACAAAACAACCUUGUUUUGACACACAAACACACUAAGCAUCUGCCCCUACCAUGAUUUUUAUUCAGUUUUUUUUUUCUUUUUCUUUUUUUUUUGCAAUUGGCACAAUUAGUUAAUGUUGCAGCAGGGAUAGGUAAUUGUUCUGUGUCACCGUCAUUGCCCACCAGAUCUCUCUAGCAUGUCAGUGAUGAGAAAACUGUUUGGGUCACUCCCAGUGUUGAGCAUAGUAUUGUGUCUCUUCAGUCCCUUUAUUCCAAGAGUUAGUACCCACCUGUCUGCAGGCUGCCUAAAUCCCCACUGAUUGUCUUACAACCCGAAUGAUGCCUGAAAGCACACAAGUGUGAGGUGCCGUCUUCGACUUCCUCAGGCAUCGGUCAUGGCAGCACGUUCAAGCAGCACUAAGACGGCAACAACAACAUGUUAGUGCUCGUUUCAAGCUCAAAGCACUGUGCCUGGACAUUUCAGGGGGAAUGGGCUGAAAGGAAGUCAUGUCACGUCCAUCACAUCGCAGUCAUGCUCGAGGUUUCUAGGGCCCUCUAGUGGGAUGUAAAAAAAAGUAUAAAUAAAAUAUGCUUGUACUCCUGAAAAGGUUUCUGGUAAUCUUAGGCGAACUGUUGCUGGUUUUCAUUUAUCUUUCUGUUGAUAUUGUAAGUGACGGACUAUGUUUAUGUUCACUCUGGUCUUAUGUUGGGCACAGUGUUUGUUCUCUGUGUCUGGGUCCUCAAAAGGAAAAGUGUUUGUCUGUGUCUCAUGCUCUUUUAUUCCCAGACUGAAUCGCUGCACAAUACUGCCGAGAUGGUCGGGAUGAGGGUGGGUUUGAUAGGGGCAACAAAGGGGGGUUCAUUUGGAUUUUUACUUUAUGUAACAGACAUAACUGAGUUAUUAAAAAACAAACAGGAUUUUUUUUUCCAAUA